UAAAGAGUAAAUAUCAGGGUUACUAUGCGAAGAUCUUGGGCGGUUCUCCGGGUCACUCGAGUGCUAACCGCUAACAAGUCUCAUACGGGUCGGACUCCGAUCCUGCCUGGCCUCCGACAAGCACGAACGCCUCUAAACAUACUAGCACAGCAGCCCAUAAUUCGUCUAUAAAGCAAGGCUAUUCCCCGUACCUGCUUGACAGAAACAUACUGCUACCAUAGGUAGCUAUGAUUGAUCACCCAAAGACCUAGAAUAACCAUGCCCAAAUCCAGCAACAGCGACAGCCGCCCGUCCCUGGCGUCGCCAUCUCCUUCCUCAUCGGGCUCUUCAAUAGAGGCUAUUGAAGGGGGGCUGGCUUACAUGACCGGAAAGAAGCGACGGAUCCUGGACGAGGCUGCGGAAGCCACGAUGGCCAAACGCGCAAAACUAAGUACGGCCGAUUUACUUGGCAACUCGUCAGUUCUCAUUUCAGACCUAGGGAAACUUGGCAACAUGAUUCAAGAUUUACAAUACAUGGCGAGGACCUUUUCAGGGCGGGCAAAAGAAAUGUUAGGACGCGAGUUUGCCGACGAGGACGAUCCAGAAAGCCACCUUCAACGCCUCGACGGACUUUUGUGUUACGCCGAGAAGCUCUCUACUAGCUCAUCACUUGCCGUAAUUAAGCUGCAGUCGUUCCUCGGCACUACCGAGAUUUGGGGCGAGUUGUUUGAGCGGCUUGAUCGACUUUGCCUACCCACUGAUUUUUGGGAAAUUAGGGCGCGGAAAUUCCUUCGCCACAAAAGCAUUCCCGAGAUAUCGGAUAUCAUGUUCGAUACAUUUGACGAUAUCCUCGCAGCUGAUGAGGCAUGGGCAGAACACUUUUGUCGUUUAUCGCCUAAGUACAGGGGCAAGUUUAUUAGCUAUUGGGUAAAUAAUACCUCUAGUUGGUCUGCUCGGUCCCAGCUCAAUUUCCUCGAAAGCAUGUUUCAGUCCAAGAACUUUGCUGAUUUUGGCGAUUACGACAACAGGCCUGCCGUUUUGUGGGCCAACGAGGAGGCGCCGUUCUAUCGACGCCAGGAUUCGGAUGAGGGGUUAUCACCCUCUUCGGCGUUUAAGCAUUGAGCCGUUCCCAGGUUCGACCUGCCGUUUCUGGUAAUUUGGAGGUAGAUUAGUGUAAUAACUGGCUUUUGUUAAUGGUUUCGUCGAGUGAUUCUGCGUGUCUUAUUUGAUCGUCAUGCUUGGGGUACAUCGCAGGGAAAGCUUAUAUUCACGUACAACGCAACCAACAUCACUUUGAUUUACUAGAUAGUUACUACUUUUUACAAUCUCGUCAAUUCAAUUAACAAUUCUACGAUUAAAAUA